UUCCCACCUCAUUGGAUCUCGGCCCGCCGGCCGGAUGCUCAGGAUUAACAGUGAGGGGGCAUUCAGUACUCAGUUAUCUAAAGUUUUACCCCAAUAAUAGGCGAUCAACACCUUUGAUGCCCUAUUUUCUCCAGUUGUACAAUGUCUUUAUAUUCUAUUUGCUGUGGUAACUUCCAUCAACUAAGGAACUCAAUAGGACAGAGUUGUAGUAUCAGAUUUCUCAAGUAUAACAGCAGAAUAACCUCUGAAAAUGUACUUCAAAAUAAAAGAUAUAAAACUAGACCUUUUAGUACAUCAGUACUAGUGAGGAGCACCAGAAAAGCAUGCAAGCAAUCCUUCAGCAAUAACCGCCAUUUACACGGUGGAUCAGUUGAAUCAUCGAUUGAAGUGUUUAAGCAGUCUGAUCUGCACCACCUGAAACCACUUCAGUGCUACGAUAUUCAGGAAAAGGUUUCUGGAAGCAAGACUGAGUGCCCUGCAACAAUCCUUGUUUUUGAUAUUGAAACUACUGGUUUCUCACGCCGUGGUGAUAGAGUUAUUGAGUUUGCUGCACGUGAUCUUGCGGGUGGAAAGAAUAGCACUUUCCAGACCCUAAUAAACCCUGAGAGGGAGAUAAGAAACACAGCUGUUCAUCGUAUUAGCACCAGCAUGGUCCGCGGAUCUGAUGUCCCAAGAUUUGGGGAGUUUAUACCCAUUCUACUACAAUAUGUUUGGAGUCGUCAAGUGGCCGGUAAACCAAUUAUGUGGGUUGCUCAUAACGGGAAAAGCUUUGAUGUCCCCUUUCUUAUCUUUGAGUUCGAACGGUGUAAACAGGAGAUGCCUGGUGACUGGCUGUUUGUAGAUACACUUCCUAUUGCAAGACAGUUGGUUGAAUCUAAUGGGAAAAAAAUCAGCUCUGCGUCGAUGAGUGCUCUGAUAGAGCGUUACAAGAUCCCAGUUGAUGGCGACGCGCACCGUGCAAUGCGGGAUGUGACCGCCCUGUGUUAUGUGCUCCAGAAGCUGACUUUCGAGUUGAAGCUGACGGUUCCCCAGCUCCUCGAGAAGUCAUUCCGGAUGUCCGAUAUUGCAACAACACCCGCCAAAAAAUGACUAACACUCCUCCCCAGAACAAUAUACUGAAACUCUAGAUUACUUUCAUUGGUGUUGUAUUACAGGAGCUGCUAUUUGCAGAUUCCAGCUCUGAUUUCUAUGCUGUUUCAGCAACAGAACAGUACCUUCCUCAUUGUUACACUGAUAUUUUGGUCACUAAUUCAGUGCUGAAUAUUACUGAAAUUUGCUGGCCCUGUACUGUUGUUGUACACCA